AUGAGCGACUGGCUAUCAGGAAAUAACAACUCCUCAGAGGGCAGAAGUCACGGCAGAGGUCGAGGAUUUGGUUCAUCAGAAUCAAAAAAUCCUGGGACAAAUGGCGGCUCAGGAGAUUGGGGUACCGGUACCAACGGCACCGAGCAAACAAAUGGAAGCAACGGCGCUGACGAGUGGAUAAACGGCGGAAACAAUGACAACACUGCUGGCAGUGAAUGGUUGUCCUCUAAUGACAACUACUCUGGGUCUAAUGGUUACUCCAACGACAAUAACGAUAACGAUGGUGAGGGUGGCCGAGGACGAGGUCGCGGACGCGGAAGAGGUCGUGGUCGAGGUCGCGGCCGCGGUGGCGACAGAGACGGUGGAAGAGACCGCGGAGAUUUCAACCAGGACUCUGACUACACUGGAGGCGGCGGCAGAGGCCGCAACCGCGAUCGUGAUGGCGAAGGGGGUGAUGAUGGUGGAGAUAGCGAUGGACUGGGACCCGAUGGUGAAGAGAAGAAAGCUCCCAUUACAUACGUGCCGCCUGAGCGAAGCAUGGACGAUGAGGAAAUAUUUGGAACCAAUCACGCGAUCCCAAUAAUUCUUCAAGGACGCGAUUUGAUGGCAUGCGCUCAAACUGGCAGUGGAAAAACCGCGGCAUACUUGAUUCCGAUAGUCCACCGAUUGUUAGAAGAUAACAACGAACUUAAGCUUACUGAGAGAGGAUGUGAGCCUCAAGUUAUUGUGAUGGCUCCCACUAGAGAAUUGGUACUUCAGAUAUCCUGGGAAGCUGAGAAAUUCGCCAAGGACACUAUUAUCAAGACAGUAGCUUGCUAUGGAGGUGUUAAACCUAUGCACCAAGCUGAUCAAGUGCGUCGCGGUGCUCAUAUUAUUGUUGCUACUCCCGGACGAUUGAAUGAUUUUGUCAAAGGUGGAAGAAUCAGUUUUGGCAGUAUCAAAUUUAUGGUUCUUGAUGAGGCUGAUCGUAUGCUUGAUUCAGGAUUUAGAUCAUCAAUGGAAGAAAUCCUAGAACACGAACAAAUGUCACCGAAAGAUUCUCGAGUAACAUUAAUGUUCAGCGCAACCUUCAGUGACGAGGUUCAAGAAUUAGCCCGUAAAUUCUUGAACAAUUAUCUGUUCUUGACAGUCGGAAUUGUCGGAGGAGCCAACAGCGACGUUGAACAAAUUUUCUAUGAAGUCACUAAAAAGGACAAACGCAACAAAUUGAAGGAACUUCUGGAGCGCGACGGAGGUCAAAGUCUCAAAGUCAAGACAAUCAUCUUCGUUGAGACGAAAAAAACUGCUGACUUUAUCGCUGCUUACAUGAGCGACAACCUAUUCCCAGCAACUAGCAUCCACGGAGACAGAGAACAGCGCGAACGUGAAACAGCUUUAGCUGAUUUCCGCAGUGGAAAAAUGCCUAUUUUAGUCGCUACUUCUGUCGCAGCUCGAGGAUUGGACAUUAAAAAUGUCGCGCAUGUUAUUAACUACGAUCUUCCUAAGUGCAUCGAUGAUUAUGUUCAUCGAAUUGGUAGAACUGGACGAGUUGGUAAUCGCGGAAAAGCCACUAGCUUUUACACACCGGAGAACGACGAUAAAAUGGUGGCUGACCUUAUCAAGGUUCUUACUCAAGCUGGUCAAGAAAUUCCGGAGUUCUUUGACGCUGGUGGUGGAUUCAAUGCUGGAGAGUCUAGCAGCUUUGGUGGUUACGACAUUAGAGAUAACUACAAUCAGCCAGCUGACACUGAAACGAACGAAGGAUGGUAA